AAAUUAUGUGCAAUGUUCAUUAAUCUUGCCCUGUUAGUUCCUCCCCUUCCAUCUUAAUGUCACCUUGGACCAUCGCUGUUCUCUUAGUAGUCGUUGGAGGGCUCUGGUCUUUAACAGCCCAUCUCCGGGAUGCUUUCAGAGCGACGCAGCAGGAUGAUCACCGAUUACCACCGGGUCCUCGAGGGUUGCCAAUUUUAGGCAAUCUUCUCAUGUUGGGUGUUCUUCUCCAUCAUACUCUCCAUCAGUUGGCCAAGAUUUAUGGAUCCAUCAUGUACAUCCGGCUUGGCCUAGUGCCAACCGUGGUGGUUUCAUCUCCUCAGGCAGCCGAGUUGUUCCUCAACACUCAUGAUCUUAUCUUUGCCAGUCGACCUUACAGCAUGGCUGCUCAAUAUAUUUCAUAUGGGAACAAGGGCAUUGCAUUUUCUCGAUACGGUCCAUAUUGGCGCAAUGUCCGCAAAUUGUGCACCAUAGAGCUACUUAGCGCUGUCAAAGUUGAUUCAUUCAAGCAUAUGAGGAAAGAAGAAGUCGGUCUCUUUGUUCAGUCCCUCAAAAAUGAGUCGGGGACAAUAAUUGAUGUGAGUACCAAGGUGGGUUCCCUGAUAGAGGACAUGACUUACCGGAUGUUGAUAGGGAGCAAAGACAACAGAUUCCACCUCAAACCAGUUGUACAUGAAACAUUUAAGCUUGUUGGAGCUUUCAACCUGGCCGAUUACAUUCCCUGCCUUGGUCCAUUGGACUUUCAGGGAUUAGCUCGUCGCAUGAAGGCAGUAAGUAAAGUUUUUGAUGAGUUAUUGGAGAAGAUCAUUGAUCAACACAUACAAGAUGCUAAAGAUCGCCAACACAACCACAAGGAAAACUUCAUUGAUGUAAUGCUAUCAUUAAUGAUGGAAUCGAAAAACACUGCAGAUGAACAAGGCUAUAUGAUCGAUCGAACCAAUAUUAAAGCAAUCAUUUUAGAUAUUCUUGCGGCUGCAAUGGACACAUCGACUGUCAUAGUUGAAUGGGGCCUUUCCGAACUGUUGAGGCAUCCAAAGGUAUUGGAAAGGCUCCAAGAAGAAUUGAGGGAUAAAGUAGGCAUGGAUCGGCUAGUUGAAGAAGACGAUUUAGUAAAGCUGAAUUACUUCGACAUGGUAGCUAAGGAAGUCAUGAGGCUUCACCCUGUUGCUCCAUUGCUUGUGCCUCAUGAGUCCAUGGAAGAUAUAACAAUCAACGGAUACCAUAUACCUAAGAAAUCUCGUGUCAUUAUAAAUUCAUGGGCAAUUCAACGAGACCCAAUUGUGUGGUUAGAUAAUGCUGAAGAAUUCUUGCCUGAAAGAUUCAUUGGCAAUAAUAUUGACAUUCGUGGACGUGACUUCCAGUUUAUCCCAUUUGGAUCAGGUCGUAGAGGGUGUCCGGGCAUUCAUUUGGGCCUUGUAGUUAAAUUGGUACUUGCACAAAUGGUACAUUGCUUUGAUUGGGAGCUACCUAGUGGCAUGUCACCUAGUGACUUGGACAUGACUGAGAAGUUUGGCCUAUCAGUUUCAAGAGCCAAUCAUUUACUUGGCAUUCCGACUUAUCGACUUUGAGUGGCAUCGAUUAAU